AUGGUUAUGCAAGGUAACAUUCACCACCGUUCUUCACCCGUCGGCCGUGACUCACACACUGCAACAGACAUGGAUCUCUUCGACGACUUCACCGCCUUCGAGGGCGGUGCGUCGACAAGCCAGAACUCGUUCCCAUCGGCAUACUCUUCGCCUGCCGUGCCAACUAUCUACGAUCCACACAUGAACUUGUCUUCCUCCACCAGCUCUACAAACAUGGGUACCGUUUCUCCACAAGAUUUGCUCCGCGAUCCUUUCGCUUCCGCUCCAAACUCGACUGCCUUCACAAACUUGACCUCUCCCGACUCGCAAUACCACCAGUCGCCAGAGUUCGCAGAUUAUGAUGUUUCUCCUUUCAUCGGUGACAACCAAGACCUCGAUCAAGCGCUCGCUGGUGACCCAUGGUAUCCUCUUUUCCCUCAGGAUGACCAGGUCGAACAGCCAAAGUCGCAAGUUGAGCAGUCUCCUCUUCUCCCAGAGGAGGAACUAGAGGUUUCCGAACAUCUUCGUCGUCGUCGUUCUGGUACUGCAACAUCUCCACCUGCACCUGCUGGCGGUGUUCGAAAGCGGGAUAAGCCUCUUCCUCCUAUCAUUGUCGAAGACCCUAACGACACUGUCGCGAUGAAGCGUGCGCGCAACACUCUUGCAGCACGUAAGUCUCGACAGCGCAAGAUGCAACGAUUUGAGGAACUCGAGGAUGAAAUUGCAAAGUUGAAGGAGGAGCGUGAUCACUGGAAGAGCCUUGCUUUGCGUCGCAACGGACCUUCGGGCGUCCACCAGGGUUGA